GGGGGGAGGGCCGGGGACAGCCCGGCCCUGCCCCCUCCCCCUCCGUGUGCCCAGCAACUUCGGAGGAAAGUUUGGCAGAGAUCGCGCGGUGCCCCGAGGAUGGGCAGGGUCCCGCUGGCCUGGUGGCUGGCGCUGUGCUGCUGGGGGUGCGCGGCCCCCGAGGGCUCGCAGGCUCAGGAGGACCCCUUUGUGAGGAGCCCAGGGAACAUCACCGGGGCCCGGGAACUCAUGGGGACCCUUCAGUGUGAGCUUCUGGUUCAUGGGGAGCCCCCAGAGGUGACCUGGCUUCGGGACGGACAGGUCCUGGAGCUGGCGGACAGCACCCAGAUCCAGGUGCCCCUGGGCGAAGACGAGCAGGAUGACUGGAAAGUGGUCAGCAGACUCAGGAUCUUGUCCCUGCAGCUCUCGGAUGUGGGAUGGUACCAGUGUGCAGUGGUCCUGGGAGGAAGGACCUUCGUGUCCCAGCCCGGCUAUAUUGGACUGGAGGGCUUGCCCUACUUCCUGGAGGAGCCCAAGGACAGGACUGUCACCGCCAACACACCCUUCAACCUGAGCUGCCGAGCCCAGGGUCCCCCAGAGCCUGUGGACCUCCUCUGGCUCCAGGAUGCUGUCCCCCUGGCUCCGGCCAAGGGCCACGCCCCGCAGCACAUCCUUGGGGUUCCAGGCCUGAACAAGACGUCUUCUUUCUCCUGUGAAGCCCAUAAUGCCAAGGGCGUCACCACAUCCCGCACGGCCAUCAUCACAGUGCUCCCGCAGCGGCCCCACGACGUCCACUUGGUUUCCAGCCAGCCCACAGAGCUGGAGGUGGCUUGGACCCCAGGCCCGAGUGGCAUCUAUCCCCUUACCCACUGCUCCCUGCAGGCUGUGCUGUCAGACGAUGGGGUGGGCAUCAGGCUGGGAGAGCCGGAGCCCCCGGAGGAGCCCCUCACCGUGCAAGUGUCUGUUCCCCCUCACCAACUGCGGCUGGGCAGCCUCCGUCCUCACAGCUCUUAUCACAUCCGGGUGGCGUGUGCCAGCAGCCAGGGCCCCUCACCCUGGACCCACUGGCUCCCCGUGGACACGCAGGAGGGAGUCCCCCUGGGCCCCCCUGAGAAUGUCAGCGCCAUGCGGAAUGGGAGCCAAGCCGUCGUGCGCUGGCAGGAGCCAGGGGCACCCCUGCAGGGCACUCUGUUAGGGUACCGGCUGGCCUAUCGGGGCCAGGACACCCCCGAGGUGCUAAUGGACAUAGGGCUAAAGCAAGAGGUGACCCUGGAGUUGCGGGAGGACAGGACUGUGCCCAACCUGACAGUGUGCGUGGCAGCUUACACCGCCUCCGGGGACGGACCCUGGAGCCGCCCUGUGCCCCUGGAGCCUUGGCGCCCAGGACAAGGACAGCCAAUGCACCAGCUGGUGAGCGAGCCUCCAGCCCCCUCCUUCUCAUGGCCCUGGUGGUACGUGCUGCUGGGAGCAGUGGUGGCCGCCGCCUGUGUCUUCAUCUUGGCCCUGUUUCUUGUGCACCGGCGGAAGAAGGAGACGCGCUACGGAGAGGUGUUUGAACCAACAGUGGAGAGGGGCGAGCUGGUGGUCAGGUACCGCGUUCGCAAGUCCUACAGUCGCCGGACCACCGAAGCCACCCUGAACAGCCUGGGAAUCAGCGAAGAGCUGAAGGAGAAGCUGCGGGAUGUGAUGGUGGACCGGCAUAAGGUGGCCCUGGGGAAGACCCUGGGAGAAGGAGAGUUUGGAGCUGUGAUGGAGGGCCAGCUCAACCAGGAGGACUCCAUCCUCAAGGUGGCUGUGAAGACAAUGAAGAUCGCCAUCUGCACAAGGUCGGAGCUGGAGGACUUCCUGAGCGAAGCCGUCUGCAUGAAGGAAUUUGACCACCCAAACGUCAUGAGGCUCAUCGGCGUCUGUUUCCAGGGCUCGGAACUAGAAGGCUUCCCGGCACCCGUGGUCAUCUUACCCUUCAUGAAACACGGAGACCUACACAGCUUCCUUCUCUACUCUCGACUCGGGGACCAGCCGGUGUUCCUGCCCACUCAGAUGCUGGUGAAGUUUAUGGCGGACAUUGCGAGCGGCAUGGAGUAUCUGAGCACCAAGAGAUUCAUACAUCGGGACCUGGCCGCCAGGAACUGCAUGCUGAACGAGAACAUGUCUGUGUGUGUGGCGGACUUUGGGCUCUCCAAGAAGAUCUACAAUGGGGACUACUACCGCCAGGGGCGCAUUGCCAAGAUGCCAGUCAAGUGGAUUGCCAUCGAGAGCCUGGCUGACCGCGUCUACACCAGCAAGAGCGAUGUGUGGUCCUUUGGGGUGACAAUGUGGGAAAUUGCCACUCGGGGCCAAACCCCAUAUCCGGGAGUGGAAAACAGUGAGAUUUAUGACUAUCUGCGCCAGGGGAACCGCCUGAAGCAGCCUGUGGACUGUCUGGAUGGACUGUAUGCCCUGAUGUCCCAGUGCUGGGAGCUAAACCCCCAGGACCGGCCAAGUUUUACACAGCUGCGGGAAGAUCUGGAGAACACGCUGAAGGCCCUGCCCCCUGCCCAGGAGCCUGACGAAAUCCUCUAUGUCAACAUGGAUGAGGGCGGGAGUCAUGCUGAACCACUUGGAGCUGCCGGAGGAGCUGACCCCCCAACCCAGCCUGAUCCUAAGGAUUCCUGCAGCUGCCUCACCGCAGCUGAGGUCCACCCUGCUGGACGCUAUGUCCUCUGCCCUUCUACAGCCCCCGGCCCCACCCUACCUGCUGACAGGGGCUCCCCAGCGCCCCCAGGGCAGGAGGAUGGAGCCUGAGACAACCCUCUGCCUGGGACUUCCUCUCAGGACCCAAGCUAGGCACUGCCACUGGGGGACCUCGCCUACAUUUCCAUUGCAGACCUUACCCCCAACUGCAGCCCUCUCUUCCUACCUAUUCCACUUCCAUCCCACAGAGAUCCUCUCCCUUUCCAUACCCUAGUGUCCCCAUGUGUAAAAUGAAGGGGUUGGACUGCAAUCCUUAAGGGUCUUCCUAGGUCUAACAUUCCAACAUUCUGGAUUCUAAGGUUUAAAGAGCCUAGGUUCUAGGUUUCAAAGAUGCUGAAUCUUUGGUUCUAAGGACCUGAAAUUCCAAAGUCUCUAAAGUGCUAAGGUUCUAGACAUGAAAGUUCUAAGGCCUAUAUUCUAAAGUUCUGAGAUUCUAUGGCACUAGGUUUUUCUGGUUUUAAGACUCUUGAUAAAACCCAUAAGCUUUGGGGUUCUAAAGUUCUAAGAUUUUAGGCCUAGGAACUAAGACUCUAUGAUGCUAGGAUAUAACACUGUAGAUUCUACAAUUCUAGACAUGGAGGUUUUAAGGCCUGAUGUUCUAAAAUUUUAUGUUCUAAGCCUCUUAGAGUAUAAGCCCUCUGGAUGACUCGAGACUCUAGAGCAUAAGACUUCAAGGUUUUAUCUUUUCAAGUUCUAAGAUUCUAAUGAUGGUCAAUUAGAGUUUCUAAGGCUUUAUGAUCCUCGAAGCUCUUGUUAUGAGAUUCUGGAUCCUAAAGGUCUAGGAUUCUAGAAUCUGCAAUUCAAACACUCUAAGAAUCUACAGGUGGAGGUUCUAAGGUCUAAUGUUCUAAGAUGUGAUGUUCUAAGACUUCGUCUAAGAACCUAGAUUCUCUGUGUCUAAGAUUCAAGAUCAUAUGCUUCAAGGUUCUAGAUUAUUAAACUCUAAGAUUCUAAAAUGUUCAGUUCCAUGUUCCAAGGCACUCUAGAUUAUAUUGGUCCAAGAUUCUGGAUCCUCAGCAUCUAAGGUAUAAGACUCUAUAGUUAGUUGUGACUAACUAGAUACCAAAGUUCUAAUCAUUUCUAAUGUUGGACACCUUUAGGUUCUAUGCUACAUUCUGCCUUUCUAGGAUUUUAGUUAAGGGCCCAAGAAUCCACAAUUCUAAAUCUUAAGAUUCUAGGCACUGUAGUUCUAAGAUUCAAACAUUGUAAGAUUUUAAAGGUCUAUAGAUCUCAAACUCCAAGGUUCCAAGGUCCUAACUUUAUAGUAUUCUGCUGUGUGACCCUCCCGAGCCACCUCUGCUUCCUCCUCCCCUUCUUGUGGGGGUUUGCCCCCCUCAAGCCUGUGCAAUGCAUUAGGGAGGCCUCCUUUCCCCAGGGGACAAUCUUCCUCCUUUUGGGCCAUGCUGCCCCUCUGAGCCAGUCCCUCAUACCCCCCUGUACAGAGUGUGGACUCUGGCGCCUCCAGAGGGGCUUAGAUCACAUAAAACUUUGUAACCACA